GGUGCCUGCGAAUUCAACGAAUACCUAAUCUCGGCCAACAUCACGGGCGGGACCACUUUCACAUCCGCUAAGUGGACGUGUAUCUGCUCUUUCUCUUUCCCGCCCAUCUACUAUACCGCCUGCGCUGAGCGCUGCAGCUGUCAGUGCCUCGACGCAUCCAUUGUACACACCUGUCUAUACAUCCUUUCUCGUCGUGUCUCUUGGCAACGGCGUGUUAACGCGCUUUGAGCGACUUUGUAGCGAUAUUCAGCACUCGCCUCUUCGAAGGUUACAACAUGAAGUUGCAGCGGAGUGAAGGGACGGCUCAGGCUGCUAUAGCGCGCGUGCUGCUGGCUAUGUCUGGUCGCACAUUGUCCAUCAACAUAGUGCAUUACCUGGUCAGCAACGCCAAAGCGCUUGAGGCCGGCAUGCUAGGCGGAACGCGCAGCGCUUACGAUCUCGCCGUGAAGAGAGGAGGCUAUCUGAUCCAGAUGCAUGCCAACGACCUGGUCAUAAAAGCGUAUCCCGACCUGUGUGCUAUGUCCCCGGAAAUCCUGGAGGUAUCCUCGCGCGUGCUGGUCGACGAUAUGGUCCUGGAUGCGCUUGCCAAGGUCUCGAAUAUCUGGAGAGGAAAAACCCCUCUGAAGGUGGCGGGAAAUCUAUUGCGGGCGAUUGUUGGCUGCAUCGACACCGCCGACAACGGGACUCCGAACGCCCGCUCUCUGGUCACUGCGCUGCUCGAUCCCUUCGUCGGACCAGCUGUGCAUGGUUGUAUAAGCCGCCAACGCCAAAGCGUUACCAUCGCCGAGCCGGACUACGAGUUCACCUUCGAGCUUCGCCUGCAACACACGCCACCCGAGUUAUCAGCGAGGGAUUUCGAACAGCAAGGCCAUCCCAUCUCAACCGCUACGCCGCCCGCUCAGGCGUCCGCCGAUGCUCCCGGAGGCGCCAGCACAUCCAAGAGGUUGCGUGCCAACAACGUCGGCGCCACGAGUACCCUUACCGCGCACGCCGAAGGAAGCGGGCUUGAACCACCGCAGAAGAAGCGCAAGACCGAUAGCGGUGCUCUCCUUGCUUUUCUAGAGCACGAGUAUGUUCAAAGCGAGCAAUCGGGGAGUCGGCAUAGUCGAGCAGCGACGAAGGUCCACAUCAAGAAGGUCCAAAUCAAGAAGGGUGGCUUUAAGGAGCAACUUGUUAUCAGUUCCCUCAAUGACCUCGUUGAUAAGGGUCCGCUACAGCAUGUCUUAGAGAUGGAGUGCAUCUUCCUGCAAGGGCCCCUUACCUAUGGUGACCAGAGCGACGCCCUCAUUGGCGAGGAUAUCCUUCAGUACGUCGUCAUGACCGCCAUACACCGCGCGGCGCCGCCGGGAGCGCUCAGUGAACGGGGGAUUACGCUUGCGAUGGAGCAUCUUCUGGGGAGCGAGAUGACGAAACGCAUUGAAAAGGCGCUCGGCAUGUCAGAACUGGGCGAUAACUUCUUCUGCGCCAUCGGCCGUGCGUCUCAUCACCAGCCCCUCGAGAACCUUCGUGCGCGAAUUACGGAGAUCUAUGCUCCUCUCAUUUCCUCGGCGGUCAAAGCCGUCGCGCCCCUUCGCUCCAGGACGGACGACAUCUACGGUACGCGGUCGCUUGCUGCCCAACGCCAGCACCUGCGCGAUGUCAUCAGGCUUGGCGAGAACGGGAUCAUCUUCCAUCUGGGCUUGACGCCAUUCGAGGCCGUCAUGGGCACCGACAAGCAGAUCGUCGCCGCGAUGUUGAACCAGGAUGUGUUCAAGGACAUUGGCAUCAUCCGCCAUUGGCAGCAGUUGAUGAGGCGCUCCUAAAGACCUUCAGUCAUGACGCCGGGCAACGUCUUGCGGUUCAUCUCCUCCUCCUGUAUACGCGCGCAUCCUCGACUACGAUUAGCACAACCUAUCUUCGCCUUUACUCUACCCAAUACUCUAUCCAUCCGAGUCGGAUCAGUAUUAGAUCACAUACUCUAUUACACGCGACGCGCGUAGCAACAAUUAAGUACACCGUACUAUGCCUCUACUCUAUUCCUACGUAUAAAGGUGCUCGUGAGAGGGCCAUAAAGCCGCCCUUACUGGCAGUGUGGAGGCAUCGGACGCGUUGAGAGUCCAGCUGGUCGCGCUUACACCACCCCCAUGAAAUGCUGUCGCCGCGACGUCGGAGCCGCGCUGUCUCCCGCUGCUGAGCCGAAAUGUCGAAAAGCAUCUUGGGCGGAUCAGGGGAU